AUCCUGACGAUGACUCCUUCGGAGGAGGAGAAGCAGAAGAUCCAGGAGGCUCAGCUGGCCAACCCGGACGUCCCCCUGGGCUCAGCAGAACAGUUCCUCCUCACCCUGUCCUCCAUCAGCGGCCUCAGCGCUCGACUACAGCUCUGGGCCUUCAAACUCAACUAUGAAACCCUGGAGAAGGAGAUAGCGGAGCCUCUCUUCGACCUGAAACUAGGCAUGGAGCAGCUCGCCAAAAACAAAACCUUUAAGCGCAUCCUAGCAACGCUUUUGGCCAUUGGAAACUUCCUCAACAGUACCAGUGCUAAAGGUUUUGAGCUGAACUACCUGGAGAAGGUAACUGAGGUGAAGGAUACGGUCCACAGACAGUCUCUGCUUCACCACACCUGUACCUUCCUGGUGGACAACUACACCGACACCUCAGACGUGUACUCUGAGAUCCCCUCCAUCACACGCUCUGCUAGAGUAAGUCUCCCUACAGAUGGGGGUGGGGGCCUGAGUAGUGUAAGUGCUCUAGAAAAAUCAAUGAGACUGCUGCGUCUCCCCCAACACAGAUUCAUGGGAUUUAAAUAUAGUUUGAUCUAGUUUAAUUAGAACAGGCUUCUUUGGGUAUUAGGUUCUAUGAACAGGUGUAUUAGACCUUACAGUGAAAUGCUGAAUACAACAGGUGUAGUAGACCUCACAGUGAAAUGCUGAAUACAACAGGUGUAGUAGACCUCACAGUGAAAUGCUGAAUACAACAGGUGUAGUAGACCUCACAGUGAAAUGCUGAAUACAACAGGUGUAGUAGACCUCACAGUGAAAUG